AUGGCGGCCAUGGCCAGGAGCAACAGCAGCAAUGGCCACGGCUACCACCACGAGGCGUCCACCACUUCCUCCUCCUCUUCCUCCACGUCGUUGGCUCGGGGGCGGAGAUCACUGGAGCAGCAGGUCCCCGGGACACCGGGGCGGCCGUUGCUGUUCCUCACCUCAUCCUCCUCGAGCCCGGCCCACCCCCAGCUCGUCUCCUCGAGGAGGUCAGUACCUUCCAAGUGGGAGGACGCGGAGAAGUGGCUGACGCAGUCGUCCGACCACCGCGGCCAUCACCAUGGCAAGGCGGCCUCCAAGCAGCACCACAUCGGAGGACCGGUGCCGGCAACGGCGAGGAGGACCUCACUAGACGCCAAUGCGCUUGCUUUGUACACACUACCUGCAGAGGUGCUCCUCAAAGACAAGUACACCGACAACGUGGAGCCGUCCAAAGAGAGCUUCGUGUUCCGGAGCUCCUACUGCGAGCCGGCCAAGAAUGGCGCUGCGGCGGUGACCUGCGGAGAUGAUGACUUCCACCGGAGGGACGUCGGCACGGAGAUGACGCCCCUGGGGAGCUCCCCGACCUCACGGUGCCACACGCCGGUCAAAAGCACCUCCCCGGCAAGGCACAACACGCCGACGGGCCGGUCGGGGCCCCUUGUGCCGUACAACAGCGGCAGUGGCAUGGACAUCUCGGAGCUGACGGACUGCCAUUUCGCCAAGCUGGACCUGGGCGCGCAGUUCGAUUCCAUGCUCGUCAACUGGAGCUCCAAGGAGGAGGAGGAAGAGGAGGUGUCCAAGAGCCUCAGGCACUUCGAGGCCAGCGCCGGCGACGGCGGCAGAGCCUGCGAUAAGCGGGUUGCCGCCGUCACCGAGUGCCGGUGGGAAGACGAUGAGAGAGCCAAGAGUUGCAUAAGGUAUCAGAGGGAAGAGGCAAAGAUUCAGGCCUGGAUUAACCUGGAGAGUGCCAAAGCUGAAGCACAAUCCAGAAAGCUAGAGGUGAAGAUUCAGAAGAUGCGAUCGAACCUGGAGGAGAAGCUGAUGAAGAGGAUGACGAGCGUGCACAGGCGCGGCGAGGAGUGGCGCGCGGCGGCGCAGGCGCAGCACCUGCAGCAGCUCCGGCGCGCCACCACGGAGCACCAGGCCCGGCGGGUGAAGACGAUCAGCCACCACCUCUCCGGGACCGGGAGCAAUGCGUCCUGCGGCUGCUUCCCCUGCAACAGUGACAACAUCAUCAGCGGCAACCUCCUCAACUAUUAG